UUCAAUUGCUCGUCAUCAGAUUCCCCUCUUCUGAAAACAUACAUCUAUCCGCACUUUGCAGACCUCCUUUAUUUCAUAAACAUCGGAUCACCACUCCUUAAAAGCCCAUCAUCAUCAUCAUGCCUUCCAUCAAGGGCCAGAACAUCCUCGUCAUCGGCGGCUCCUCAGGCAUCGGCUUCGCAGUAGCCAAGCUCGCUGCCGCCGAAGGCGUCAACGUAUCCAUCGCCUCGUCUAACGCAUCCCGAGUCUCGGCCGCCGUAGCGAAGCUCCUCGCCGCCGCCCCCGGCGCCAGCAUCCGCGGAUACACAGUCGACGUAUCCCACGACGACGUCGAAUCGCAGCUCGAGAAGCUAUUCACCGACGUCGUGGCAGCCGCGGGGCAAGCCCUUGAUCACAUCGUGUACACGGCCGCGGUCCUGGACGUGCGUCCCGUGAGCGCCGUGUCAGCGGCGUACCUGCGCGACAGCCUGCGGUUCGGGUACGUCGCGCCGCUGCUGAUCGCCAAGCUCUCGCCGCGCUUCGUCAAGCAGGCGUACACGUCCUCCCUCAUCUUCACGAGCGGCCGCAUCGCUGAGCGCCCCGUCAAGGGCAUGACGGUGGCCGCGGGCGUCGGCGCCGCGCUGUCCGGCAUCACGCGCGGGCUGGCGCUGGACCUGGCACCCGUGCGCGCGAACCUCGUCAGCCCGGGCGCCACGGACACGGAGAUGCUGGGCGAGGGCGAGGCGCGCGAGAAGAUGGUCGCCUACAUGACGCAGGCGGCGCUGCUGGGAAAGAUCGGGACUCCGGAGGAGGUCGCUGAGGCGUAUGUGUACUUGAUGAAGGACUCGAACAGCACAGGUAGCUGCGUGAGCACGAGUGGGGGUGUUUUGGUUCAGUAGGGGGGAUAAGGGCUUGACUAGGCGGUGGUGAUGUAGGGAUAUUUAUUUCAAAUCUUAAAACCGAUGCGUACCUUUGGUACCGUCUUUUUCCGGACUAACCUCGAUAACCUCCUUAGACAGAUCUAUCUUUGUCUUGUCCAGUCCCAAAUGUCUGCUUUUCUUUGCCUGUGUUUGCUGGAUACCUAG